AAUAAUACUAAUAAUGUUUCCUAUAAAAAACAAAAAAAAAAGAGGUUUGCACAAUGCAAUACGUUGAUGCACUCCUACGAGUUUGACAUGAGACUCAUCUAAAAAGAGUAUAUUGAGUUAUGUUGAAUAUUUAGUAAUUGUUUAGGGUUUUUUUAACAAAAAAUAGCUUUUUGGUUUUUCUUGCAAUUGUCUUUCUGUCUUACAAAUAUGAACCAAACGACUACUUACAAAAUCACUCAAAUGCAAGAACAAGGAUUGAUGCAUUUAUUAGCACCCUCUUUUGCUCAAAGUGAUAGUAAUGAGAUCAACAGUAAAGUUCUUGAAGCAGCUCAACAAGCAAGAGAAGGCGGUGUUGUCAACUCUCUUAAUCUAAACUUGAUGGGCUUUUGGGACAUUCCUAGAGUACUUGAGGAAGCAACAAAAGCAUUUGGCUCUCAUGGAUAA